AUGCUCAGGCACUCUCCAGUCGUCUCUCCUUCUCUCCUCCUCUCCUCUCUUCACAAAUCAAUCCACUGGAAACCCCGCCACGAGUCCAACUUAUCCCGACCCGAACUCCACGACCGUAUAUCCCGUCUCCUAAUCCUACGUCGUUCUGACGCCCUCAAAAACCUCAACUUCGAUUUCUCCGAUAAUCUUGUAGACUCUAUCCUUAUUAAACUCAAAUUAAACCCCGAAGCUUGUCUUAAUUUCUUCCAAUUAGCCACAAAGCAACCUAGUUUUAGACCGAACGUUAAAUCUUACUGUAAACUUGUUCACAUUUUAUCUCGAGCCCGAAUGUACAAUGAGACCAGAUCGUAUUUAAAUGAACUGGCUUCUCUUUGUAGGAAUAAUUACACUUCUUUUCUUGUUUUUGAUGAGCUUGUUAGGGUUUAUAAAGAAUUUAAGUUUUCGCCGUUAGUUUUUGAUAUGAUUUUGAAAGUAUAUGCGGAGAAAGGAAUGGUAAAGAAUGCACUCCAUGUGUUUGAUAAUAUGGGAAAGCACGGUCGUAAACCAAGUUUGCGUUCUUGUAAUAGUUUGUUGAGUAAUUUAGUUAAAAAGGGGGAAAGUUAUAAUGCACUUCUUGUUUAUGAUCAAAUGAGGAGGUUAGAAAUUGUGCCUGAUGUUUUUACUUGCGCAAUUAUGGUUAACGCGUAUUGUAAGGCGGGGAAGGUGGAGAAAGCGGUGGAAUUUGUUCAGGAAAUGGAGAAGUUAGGGUUUGAAUUGAAUGAAGUUAGUUACAAUAGUUUGAUUGAUGGAUUUGUUAGUCUGGGAGAUAUGGAGGGCGCGAAAGGGGGUUAUUGUAAACAAUGUAAGGUGGAGGAAGCAGAAAAGGUGCUUAGAGAGAUGGAGAAAGAGGAGCUACUGGUUGUUGAUGAGUAUGCUUAUGGUGCGUUGAUAGAUGGGUAUUGUAAAGUUGGUAAAAUGGAUGAUGCUAUUAGGGUUAGGGAUGAGAUGUUGAAGGUAGGAUUGAAGAUGAAUUUAUUUGUUUGUAAUUCGUUGAUUAAUGGGUAUUGUAAAAAUGGUCAAGUUCAUGAGGGGGAGAGGUUGUUGACGCGUAUGAGAAAGUGGGAUUUAAAGCCCGAUUCUUAUAGUUAUUGUACUGUUGUGGAUGGAUAUUGUAGAGAUGGUUUUAGUAGUAAAGCUUUCAAUGUUUGCAAUCAGAUGCUUCGAAAAGGGAUUGAACCGACUGUUGUAACUUAUAAUACUCUUCUCAAAGGUUUAUGUCGAUUAGGUGAUCAUGAGGAUGCUUUGUGCCUUUGGCAUUUGAUGCUACAGAGAGGGGUGGUUCCUGAUGAGGUUGGCUAUUGUACUCUACUAGAUGGGCUUUUCAAGAUGGGAGAUUUUUCGAGGGCUUCAACCCUGUGGGAUGAUAUUCUAGCUAGAGGUUUAAGCAAAAGCACAUACGCUUUCAAUACAAUGAUCAAUGGGUUGUGUAAGAUGGGGAAAAUGGUAGAAGCAGAGGAGAUUUUUAAUAGAAUGAAGGAAUUGGGCUGUAAACCUGAUGGAAUAACAUUUAGAACCCUGAGUGAUGGGUAUUGUAAAGUUGGAAAUGUGGAAGAAGCUUUCACAGUUAAAGAGAGAAUGGAAAGGGAGGAAAUCUUUCCUAAUAUUGAAAUGUAUAAUUCCCUUAUUGUUGGAGUUUUUACUUCUAAGAAAAUAAGUAAAUUGACAAAUCUUCUUGCAGAGAUGUACACUAGGGUAUUGUCCCCUAACAUUGUUACUUAUGGAUCCCUUAUUGCUGGUUGGUGUGAUCAUGGUAGGCUGGAUAAAGCUUUUCGUGCAUAUUUUGAGAUGAUUGAAAAGGGGUUCGCUCCCAAUGUAAUUAUUUGCAGCAAAAUCGUGAGUAGCCUCUAUAGGCUUGGCAGGAUUGAUGAAGCAAACAUGCUCUUGCAGAAGAUGGUGGAUUUUGAUCUUGUUUUAGAUCACAGUUGUUUGGAAGAUCUUCAGAAUGCUGACAUUAGAAAACUAGACUGUCGGAAAAUUGCCGAUACCCUCGAUGAAAGUGCUAAAAUUUUUUCUCUCCCCAACAAUGUGGUGUACAAUAUAGCUAUGGCAGGGCUUUGCAAGUCUGGAAAGGUUGAUGAUGCAAGGAGAUUUUUCUUGGGUUUGUCUCUUGGAAGCUUUACUCCGGAUAACUUCACAUACUGCACUCUAAUCCAUGGCUUUUCAGCUGCUGGUAAUGUGAAUGAAGCUUUCAACUUGCGUGAUGAGAUGGUGAAUAAGGGUCUGGUUCCAAACAUAACCACAUACAAUGCUCUACUAAAUGGCCUGUGUAAGUCGGGAUAUCUGGAUAGAGCGCGGAGACUUUUCGAUAAACUUCACCUGAAGGGAUUAAUUCCCAAUGUUGUCACUUACAAUAUAUUGAUUGAUGGGUACAGUAAAAGUGGCAGUACUAGAGAAGCCUUGGACCUGAGAGGCAAAAUGUUAAAAGAAGGGAUUUCUCCUUCUAUUGUUACCUAUUCCUCUUUGAUCAAUGGUUUUUGUAAGCAAGGAGAUUUGGAAGGAGCUAUGAAGCUUUUGAAUGAGAUGACAGCAUCAAAUUUGGACCAAACUAUAGUCACAUUCUCCAAGCUAGUUGAGGGUUGUGUUCAACGUGGAGAUGUUAAGAAAAUGUUCAAGCUUCACAAUAUGAUGCAUAUGGCAUGUCCGUCUGCUGGGAUUACUUCACAUAAAAAAACAGAAUUAUCAGAGCUCUCAAAUGCCAAAGAAAUGCUAGAUGCAUACAUCCUGCCUGAAGCUGCAUGUUUAUGA